AUGACUAAUCGUCGAUUCGCCGCCCCUGCCCCAAGAGAGGGCUCGGCUUGGACGUGGAUUGCCGAGCACUAUAGCCAGCCCGAGAGCUAUGAGAUCCCCCUCCGCACCAUGUAUGCCCUGAACUCGACAGUCGGAGCGCAUCCACCCUUUUCUCCUCUUCCCAAGAGCCCCGGAGCUACGUCCCCUUUCGAGGGCAACGCGUUCCCCUCUGCACGCAACCCCAGACGCAAGGAAGAGAAACCCCCUGCAUACAACAUGAGCAGCACUGCUGCGAUUUUCAAAAUGCAUCUUAUGUCCCAGAUAUCCCAAUUACCUUCUCAACCAUGUUCUUUACCUCCCAACUUCAUUACUUCAUUCGUCCGCCGUUGUUUCCCAGAUAAUCUCGCACUCGUUGAUUUCCCCCAGGCAUUGACUGCUCUGGACUACCUCCGGGACCUUGAGCAGCGCCGUGGGAAAGAGAUCAAAGCUGCGUUGGAGAAGCUUGGUAUAUUUGAUGGUGUUUUUGACAAAGACGAUCUCGCUAAACGGUAUCCUGGUGUAUCGAGCUGGAUCGACUCUAUCAUGGAGAAAGACACAUACGCAGCUGCUCUCUACUCACAAGUCUACCUCCGUCUAAGACACUGGACUCUAAUAAAUGAAUUGCUACUGCCUCCUUUCAACAAAGCGCACUGCGUUGCCAUGCUCAACACGCUUUUCCCAGCUGUGAUUUCCAUCCGACCAGCAGCACACGUUUGUGAAAGGAUGCUCAUGGAGGAGCGACAUACGUUCUUCCAAUACAUAUGCAAAGUGGAAGAAAAGGGCCCACGCGUGCUCGAUCCCCUCAUUGCAAAGGACAGACGGCCAGGGGAAACUACAGGAUGGCCUCUGGUACACGAAUACAUCAACAAGUACAUGCACGCGGCUACUGACAUUAUUAACGAAUGCUUCGAAGUCAACAACCGCGAGAGCCUGGAAGAACAGUCAGGACACCGCAAACAAAAGAAAGGCCGGAAAGUGGAUUCAGGAAUCAGUUUUGGAUCCAACUCAGAACACCCCCGCCCAUCAACCAGCAGCAACUCAAGCUGCAACCACAGCUACAAUAACAGCAACAGCAGCAACAAUAACAAUAACCCCGGAGUCUUAAACAAACCCCUCCCUCCAUCUCCAGCCAUCAAACUGCCCAAAUCCAUCAAGGUCAGUGGCAACUCCGCCCUCGAGCGCAUAGGCAGGGAGCUACGAAAGAUGCAUUCACGCGGCGAUUUUGACGAAGAAAAGCCCAAACCUCCCCGAACAUCGUCUCGUGCCGGUGGCGCGCUGCGGAAAAUGCGCUCUUCCAGCAUCCUAGGGGAGCGCGAUAGGAAUGUUGUCACCGGCCCAGGCGAGAGUGAGGGCGAGUUUGAUGUUGUGGAGUUUCGACGCAAGCGGAUGAUUUGGGAGGCGAAGCAUAAUGCUGCAAAAGCGGAUCCUGAUGGCGAUGCUGAUGCCCAUGCCAAUGAGAAUAAAAAUAAACGGUCUAGUGCAUGA